AUGAGGAAUUUGGAAAAAAAUUUAAUUUUAAAACCAAUUACUCUUAUAAUUCAAUUCAAUAUAAUACUCUUACUUAUAAUUCAAGAUGAACUUAUAAAUAUACGUGCAGAUGUUGUGAAAUAUAUUGAAGACGUUGAGGUGAAAUAUAAAUUAUGUUUUAUACAUAGAUUUCUUAUUUUAAAAUAUACGACAAUGAUUAGACUUAGUGACACUAGAUGGAAUUGCCGUUAUCGAAAUAUAGUCUGUUAAAAACAGUUAUAAAGCAAUUAUUCAAGCUUUAGAAGAAGAAAUUGAAAAUGAAGACAAUAGAGGAGUAAUGAAGUAAUUGGUAUAAUAUAAUAAGUAAUAAUUAAUGAUUCAAAGUAUUUAAAUUCCAAUAUCUUUGUUUUAGGUAUAUUAACAAAUUUAAAAAGUGGAUGAUUUAUAGUUAAUUUAUUCAUCUUACAAGUAUUAAUUAAUAUUAAUAUUGUUUCUAACAAAUUUCAAGAAAAAAAUGCAACCUUAGGGGAAUCUAAAAUUAUUAUUUAAAGUUUGAUGAUGAUAUUUAAAAAUUCUAGAACAUAGUAUUUUUUUAAGCUUUGGUGUGAAAUAGAACUCUUUGCUAAAGACAAUGAAAUAUCAACAAAAACGCCAACUAAAGGUAAGACUUAAUAAACAUAUUAUAUUUAUUUAUAAUUAUAAUAAUUUUAAGUUAAUAUUUACUUAACUAGGAUGCAAAAGAAAAAAACAAGAGCCACACAAUCUUUAACAUUUUGUUACUACUGCAACCACAAGUGCUGAACAAAAUAUUAAUGACACCAUUGAAACCAUUGAAAAUUAUUUUAGAAAAAAUGCUUUCUUUCCUGUAUUUGAUGCUAUCUUGAUAAAUCUGGAAAAAGAUUUCCUACUAAAAGCCUCCAAAUGGCUACGACUGUUGAUCAAUUUUUUUCAAUUAAACUUUGAGGAAAUUCUUUACUUUGUACAUCAUUAUAAAGUAAGUAUCGUAUCGGUUUCUAAAAAUUAAUUUUUACUUGCCGAAGUACUAUCAUUGGAUGGCCUCUUCAAUUCAUGUAUUUCAUGUAAUUAGUAUUAGUUAAUAUCACUUAUGCUUAUUGUACCAUGCAUACAGAUUGUAUAAUUAAAAAUACCUUAUUAAAAAUAAAAAAAUAAAUAAAUUUUUACUUACCUAUGCUCUAGUUUUCUAGUUCUAUUAAAAGUGAACCUGUAUUUAGUAUAUUUUUCAGGAUUUUAUGAAUGUAUCUAAAGAUGUAUUACAGUCAGAAAUAGUGGCAAAGAACUGUAUAUUGCAGUCUACUGAUGAAAAUUAUAUAACUUUAAAUGAUGUGAAAAAGGUUUUAACAAAACAGACUUUCAAGUUCUUCCAUUCGUGA